AUGUCAAUCCCAAAUCGUUAUUCCGAGGAAGAGGCGGAUGGGCGUCGCAGCUCCGACGAGAAGGGCAACGCCUCCAGCUCCAGCGCCACCACGUUGCUGCUGGACGAUGCCGAGUUCGCCAAGUGGAAGCAGAGACGCGGUUGGGGCCUGGGCGUGGACUAUCUCGAUGCAUUAGACGGGCAGCGUCGUCCUCGGGGUCGGUGCAGUCACCUGACUGCUCUACUGCUGCUCGUCUCUGCUUGUCUGAACGUGUACCUGGCGUUUGGCCGGCCGGCGCGCGUACUCAGGGUGCACGACGUCGAUGUGGGAUGCGGCGGCUUUCCCCUCGGGACUGAUCCCUCCGGCUACGUCCCACGCGAGACCGGUUAUCCGCUUCGCUGGACCAAGUGGGACGAGAACGACCAGUUCUACAUUUCGCCCAAAACUUUUGACAGCUGGGAGAACAUACAAGAGUCGGCAGCGCGCCUGAGAGCCGUCCACAACGGCCUGGACCUGGACCUGGACCUGGACCUGGACCUGGACCUGGAUUGGGAAAGAUGGACUUCGUUCUCUAACAAGCGGGCAGACGUGUUUGUUCACUCCAACGGCCAAAAGGCAACUUACCUUGCAUACGACGGCGUGCGCAAGGAGUUGCCCCCCGAGGCCGGCCAGUUCGGCCUGGAGCUGUACGGCAUCCAGGCCUUCCAUCAGAUUCACUGCGUGUACGUCCUCCUCGAGUCCGUCGGCUGGGCGAGGCACAACCGCCCCUCGCAGUGGGACGGCGACCACAUCGCCCACUGCCUCAACACGCUGACGCAGGCGGCGACCUGCCUCGCCGACUCGCGCCCCUUCGCCUACGUCGUGCCGGGCGGCCACCGCACCGAUGGCCAGCAGAACUGGUGCCGCGACUUCGGCGCCCUGGUGGACUGGGUCAACGACCCGGUGCGCGACCACAACUUCCACUACGAGCUGGACUCGAAUGAUACAGACCACUUCAUGCCCAUCUACCGCAACGGUUCCAUAGCGGGUAAGUCGGUUGACAAGACAGUCUGGUGA